CCAGUCGUGAAAUUUGCAAAUUCAAAGGUUCUCCGCUUCUCUCUCCCUCUCUCACACUUCUAUACAUCCAUUUUCAAACUUUUCUCUCUCCAAUUUUUAGGGUUUCAUCUUCAUCAAACUCCCGAAUUCUUCAUCACAAUUCUCUCUUGUAAUCACUAUCUCUGGUAAUUCUCUUCUCCUUUCACGAUCAAUUUCUCUAAUUUCUACGCCAUUUUUCAGGUAAUUAAAAAUGGCAGAUGGUGAGGAUAUUCAGCCCCUUGUCUGUGACAAUGGAACUGGAAUGGUUAAGGCUGGAUUUGCUGGUGAUGAUGCACCACGAGCUGUGUUCCCUAGUAUUGUUGGCCGCCCCCGUCACACGGGUGUGAUGGUUGGCAUGGGCCAAAAGGAUGCAUAUGUAGGGGAUGAAGCUCAAUCAAAGCGUGGAAUCUUGACCCUGAAAUAUCCGAUUGAGCAUGGUAUAGUCAGCAACUGGGACGACAUGGAAAAGAUAUGGCAUCAUACCUUCUAUAACGAGCUCCGUGUUGCUCCAGAAGAGCAUCCAGUCCUCCUUACUGAAGCCCCUCUCAAUCCUAAGGCUAAUCGUGAAAAGAUGACUCAAAUCAUGUUCGAGACCUUCAAUGCUCCGGCUAUGUAUGUUGCAAUUCAGGCUGUUCUUUCUCUGUAUGCUAGUGGUCGUACAACCGGUAUCGUGCUGGAUUCUGGAGAUGGUGUCAGCCACACAGUCCCCAUUUACGAAGGGUAUGCUCUUCCGCACGCCAUUCUUCGUCUUGACUUAGCUGGCCGUGAUCUGACAGACUACAUGAUGAAGAUCCUGACUGAACGUGGGUACUCUUUCACCACCUCAGCCGAGCGUGAAAUUGUGAGGGACAUGAAAGAAAAGCUUGCCUAUAUCGCCCUUGACUACGAGCAGGAGAUGGAGACUGCAAAAACUAGCUCUUCCGUUGAGAAGAGUUACGAGCUUCCUGAUGGGCAGGUGAUUACUAUUGGUGGUGAGAGAUUCAGAUGCCCUGAAGUCCUCUUCCAACCAUCUUUGGUUGGUAUGGAAGCUGCUGGUAUUCAUGAAACCACCUAUAAUUCAAUCAUGAAAUGUGAUGUGGAUAUUAGGAAAGACUUGUACGGAAACAUCGUACUCAGUGGUGGUACAACCAUGUUCCCUGGUAUUGCUGAUAGAAUGAGCAAGGAAAUUACUGCACUUGCACCAAGCAGCAUGAAGAUUAAGGUUGUGGCACCACCUGAGAGAAAAUACAGUGUUUGGAUUGGUGGAUCUAUCUUGGCAUCACUUAGCACCUUCCAGCAGAUGUGGAUUGCUAAGGCAGAGUAUGAUGAAUCUGGGCCAUCAAUCGUGCAUAGGAAGUGCUUCUAAUUUCACCAUCAAAUCAAAGAUGAAUGUUGGAGUGAGAAACCACGGCCGUUUAUUUGGAUUACGGGUGUACCUUGCACCCACUGAUUUUGACUGGCGAGCCAAAUUAGUCCGAAAAUUUCUAGUUUAUAUUAUUUGUAAUUCUCUAGUUUUCAUUGUGGAACAACGAUCUUGAACGAGCAACAAAAUUAAUUUCUAUAGUCCAAUUUACAAAUAUCUUUCUUUUC